AUGCUUCGGUGGCGCACCGCCACGGCAUCUGCGCUGCAGCAAACGCAGCCGCUGCCGACCGCCAACACGUUUGCGGGCGCCAGCGUAGACGCGCCGGGGGACGGGGACGCACCUCUGGCGCCGCCCCAGAAGAACCCGCCGCCCCCGCCGCCCAUCGUCGUCCAAUGGGACGGCGUCUAUAAGCAUUUCCAGCAGAAACUUGAGAGGGUGGCAACGUCCACUACUGUCAAGGCUGUCGGCCGUGACCUGCACAAGCCGCGCCUUCCGACUUCGCUGCCGCCCCCAGGGCAGCAGCAGCAGCAGCCGUCGCCGCUACCACGCCGACAGCCCGUCCCGUUGAUGCCUCCCGCGCAGCUUCAUCCGGGAGCGCCCCAGGUGGUCACUCCGGCGCCUGCGGUCCCUCUUCAGUCGCCACCGCCUUCGGAGCUGAUGGACGUCGACCCCUCAGCCGGGCCGCCUUCCCAAGCGGUGGCUGUGCAGCCUGUCCUGCAGCCGCUUUCCUUGGGCACCCCCAAGGAGUCUGACACCGCAGCACCUUGUCCGGCGCCCACUCAGCAGCCGUCGACGCAGCGUCAGGAGACGCUGCCUCUCUUCGUGGAUCCCGACGCCCCGUCGCGUCCAGUACCAGAAGCUGCGCCCGUGGUCACAGGCGCAGCUACACUACCGCACACGAGGCAGCAAGAGUCGGGUGUGCCACCGAGAGCCUCGCCGGCCGCACUGCAAGAGUUUGCGGGCCCGGCGGCUGUGGCCUCGGUGGGUGUUGCGCCGCUGGAUUCGACCAUUCGAGAGGUCGAUGUGCCCCCGUUUGCCCCUCUGGCCCCAGAGACACAGGAAGAGCCCGUGCCUGCGCCAGUUGAAGCCCCGUCCUGCGCUAGGGGAAACCCCGCGGUCUGGACGGGGGCACAGUCUGCUGCAGAUACCACCGAGGUGGACGCCAUCGAACUGCCGGGCGCAAAGCUUGCUGAGCAGAUUGCAGAGGCAGAGCGCCGCGACAUCGACCCUGACGAUGCCCGCGCGCCCAGAAAGCGCCGGGUUGUGACGCACGACGAUUCCGACAACGCCUCCCUGACCUCUGACACCGCGAGGCCGCGGAAGAAGGCGUCUAGGGCCUCCCGCGCCUCCACCACAGAGGCUGUGAAGACGGUCGCGAGCUCCUCCCGGAGCACCGCCAAUCCGAGGCCGGCAACGAUGACGCAGCGACCCAGUAGUUCGCCUGCUGCCUCCCGGCAGCCUGAUGCGGACGCGGCGGAGGACGGCGACGCGCCUCUGGCGCCGCCCCAGAAGCAGCCGCCACCCCCGCCGCCCAUCGUCGUCGAAUGGGACGGCGCCUACAUGGAUUUCCAGCAGAAACUUGACAGGGUGGCCACGUCCACUACUGUCAAGGCCGCCGGCCGUGACCUCUACAAGGUCACAGUGACGUCCAAUGAAGAGUAA